AUGCAAAUCGUGCCUGAACCGCAGUCCAACAGCCGAAUCUCUUACGACCCUGUACUUUUGGCGCUCAAACUUCGCGCGGAUGAUAUGCAGCACGCUGCCGAUUUCUCACUCCAGAUGGGGCGGCUAUUUUACAGGUCGCGGCUUUGCAGUCUUGCAAGGUCCUCUUGA